UACCACAAAUGGAACUGUCAUUGCAGAGGAUAAUUUUUGUUGCAGACAUUAUGAAAAACGAAACAACAAAUGUGAAGAAUGUAAGACAGGAUACACAUCUUACAAAGGGAACCCAUGUCAACCAUGCGCACUAGGCAUGUAUGGUCAAAAAUGUGUUUUCACUUGUGAAUGUCAAGACAAUCAGAGAUGUCAUCAUGUAAAUGGCUGUAUCGCCGAGGUAACAAUACCCACCACUGAAAACAAAGAGAACGAUAAAAGGAUUGUAGCUGAUCAGAAAUCAAAGGAUGAAAACGUUGUCAUAUAUAUGACUUGUGUGGGUGUUUUAGGAUUACUUGUUGUAGGUGCUAUCACGGUCUGGAAAUUUAGGCAAACACUAUUCCAGCUAAUAGUUUCUUGGAAAAACAGACAGUCUUUAUUUGGUCUACAGAGCAAUCCACAGCAAGUAAAAUUCGACACAGAAGACAAUGAACGGUCAUCGAAAUUGGAACAAGAAAUCAUGUAUCAUGUUAUUAAUGAAAAAGAAAUGAUGUCGUUCUGCAAAAAAUAGAAGAUCAUUUUCGAUGAUUAAUGUACAUACAUACUGGAACAACGUUGCAAUUUUGAAGUUAAAAGUAUAGUUUUCCCCUGACACAGCUUAGUCUCGAAUUUCAAAGUUUCAGAUUUUUUACCUUAAGUUGUAUUUCAUUGAACUGUAAAUAUGUACAUAUUAUUACAGAGUAAAUUAUAUAUAUAUAUGGUAUAAAAGAUGAACUUGAUAUUCUUUUAAUUUGAAUAAGUAUUUAUUGCCACUAUUUUAAAGAAUGUAAUACAAAAUCAGAAGAACAUAAUGAAAUAAACAUGAUAGAGCCUCCUCAUAGGGUUUUUGAUUAUAUGAUUACUUGGGCGUUUUUAUAGUGAUUAUUUGAUUACCAGACCAAAUAUUUCUGGUUAUUUGAUUGUUUGAUAGUCUUGUUUAAAAAAAUAAUUAAUGAUUAUGUGAUUUUAUUGGCAAAAAAAUUGUGAUUAUGUGAUUACUUGGACAUCCCCAUGAGGGGCCUCAUGAUAAAUUCAUUAAUUAUUAUGUAGCAGAGAAACUUUCAUGCAUGUUUGUAUAUUUACAUAGCACGUGCAUAUUUUCUUGUCAUCUUUUUUGUCAAUAAAACAAGAAGCUAUUUGAAA